AUGUCAGGUAGAAAGUUUGAAAACAUUUUGAGAUCUCUGAACUGUUCAGAAGGUUUAAACCUAAACAUCAGAGAUAGAUUAUAUAAAGUUACAGUUUUAAUGAACAAACUUAUAAAAAAAUUUCAAGACAGCUUUAGUCCAGAAGAAGCCUUGUCCUUGGAUGAAUCUAUGCUGCUUUGGCGUGGGCGACUAAUAUUUAGGCAGUACAUUAAAAAUAAAAAACAUAAAUAUGGUAUCAAGUUCUAUGAACUAUGCUCACCAGAUGGCUAUGUACUUAAUAUUGAAAUAUAUAAAGGGAAAAAUGUUGAAGUAACAGAACUCACACAACUGGAACACUUCGAUCAAAUAGGAAAAACAAUAAUCCUUCAUCAAUUGUUAAAAAAAACUUUGAAAUUAAAAAAAGGACCAGUUUAUGUCAGUCGUUGGAAGGAUAAGAGAGAAGUGUUUUCUAUAACCACUGGUCAUCAUCCAGAAAUGGUUAUUACAUCUAAUAGAUUUUGUCAACAACAAAGUACAAAGCCCAGACAUAUUGUUGAGUAUAAUAAAAAUAUGUCUGGUAUUGAUAGAAGUGACCAAAUGGUGAGUUAUUAUUCAUCACCAAAAAAAAACAAUUCGCUUCAAUUGGUAAAUAAAAAAAACAUCAGAAUAAGGACAUCUGAUAAACCAAGAAACACAUCAGUGGUAUUAGAACAUGUACAAGAAAAAAUACUUCAUCCUCCAGGUUGGAAGAGAAAAGGGUAUUACUUAAGAUGUACAAGCCAAAAACAAGUGAAACAGACUUCAUGGAUUUGUAAGAACUGUCCUGAAAAACCACCUUUGUGUCCUGGGCCUUGUUUUUUAGAUUAUCAUAGUGUUGCAUAG